AUGUCGACUUACAAUAACUGUGCUCGCUACACUACGGGCCGUCGACCAGCAGCAGCGCCUGCAGAUAGCAUUACUCCAGAACUUGCCCUUGCCCAACUUAUGUCCCUUCUCGACCCCAUAAUAAAUGCUGCCGCCUCCUCGUCUCGAGCCCCUAAACCACCAGUACAUAAAACACCUACGUAUCGCACCGUAUUCACGCCAAGAUUUGAUGUGCAGGAAACAGCUGUUGAGUAUGUUCUCGAGGGAGAGUUUCCAGGGCUGAGCAACAAAUCGAAGCUAGAUAUCCAGUUCACAGAUCACAAGACACUCUCAGUGCGGGGUGUGUUAGAGAAGAAAGUUCUUGAGCAGAAUGUUUCACCCAAAGAGGAAACUAGCUCUGCUAGCUUGGAAAAAAAAUCGUUGAAUCCAACAGUCGAAGAUACAGAUGACGAAUCGGACAAUGCUUCUACGGAUUCGUUCGAGAUUAUCGAUAAACCCUCGCCCUCCUCUUGCUCAAAGAAGUCGUGUGAAAGGCCAUCGGGACCAGCUCCGAUCUCAACAAAGAAGAUCGUUAUUGAGAACACCCCUACCAACAAAGUAAAAACAUGGGUGUCGGAGCGUGCAUUUGGACCAUUUCAGAGAACUUUCUCUUUUCCGGGAGUGAUCGAUAUUGAGGAUGUCAGUGCUAGUUUGGAAGCUGGGUUGUUGAGAAUCAGGGUACCGAAGAAGACACAACUCACCACAAGGAAGAUCACAAUCGUUUAA